GCUGAAAAUGACUGAAUAUAAACUUGUGGUAGUUGGAGCUGGUGGCGUAGGCAAGAGUGCCUUGACGAUACAGCUAAUUCAGAAUCACUUUGUGGAUGAAUAUGAUCCUACAAUUGAGGAUUCCUACAGGAAACAAGUAGUAAUUGAUGGAGAAACCUGUCUCUUGGAUAUUCUCGACACAGCAGGUCAAGAGGAGUACAGUGCAAUGAGGGACCAGUACAUGAGGACUGGGGAGGGCUUUCUUUGUGUAUUUGCCAUAAAUAAUACUAAAUCUUUUGAAGAUAUUCACCAUUAUAGAGAACAAAUUAAAAGAGUUAAAGACUCUGAAGACGUACCUAUGGUCCUAGUAGGAAAUAAAUGUGAUUUGCCUUCUAGAACAGUAGACACAAAACAAGCUCAGGACUUAGCAAGAAGUUACGGAAUUCCUUUUAUUGAAACGUCAGCAAAGACAAGACAGAGAGUGGAGGAUGCUUUUUAUACAUUGGUGAGAGAGAUUCGACAAUACAGAUUGAAAAAAAUCAGCAAAGAAGAAAAGACUCCUGGCUGUGUGAAAAUUAAAAAAUGCAUUAUAAUGUAAUCUGGGUGUUGAUGAUGCCUUCUAUACGUUAGUUCGAGAAAUUCGAAAACAUAAAGAAAAGAUGAGCAAAGAUGGUAAAAAGAAGAAAAAGAAGUCAAAGACAAAGUGUAUAAUUAUGUAAAUACAAUUUGUACUUUUUUCUUAAGGCAUACUUAAGUAAAAGUGGUAAUUUUUGUACAUUACACUAAAUUAUUAGCUUUUGUUUUAGCAUUACCUAAUUCUUUUCCUGUUUCAUGCAAACUGUUAGCUUUUAUCUUAAAUGCUCAUUUUAAAAUGACAGUGGAAACUUUUUUCCCCUCUAAGUGCCAGUAUUCCCUGCAUUUUGGUUUUUGAACUAGCAAUGCCUGUGAAAAAGAAACUGAAUACCUGAGAUUCUGUCUUGGGGCUUCUGGUGCAUGCAAGUUGAUUACUUCCUAUUUUUCUUACCAAUUGUGAAUGUUGGUGUGAAACAGAUUUAUGAAGCUUUGGAAUCAUCCACUUUGUUUUAUCUAGCCACAUAAAUGGGUUAAUUAGUAAUUAUAAUUUCCGUUGAGACUUUAUGAUUAGUUUUUCUGAAAUAUUGAAGGAUCAUAAAUUUAUAGGCUUCCUUUGAUUCAUCUUCUAGACAUCAUGACCUAUAGUUUGUCGUCCUUCAUGAAUGUAUAAAGUUACACUGUUCACCGAGGUUUUCUCCCCUUUCCACUGCUAUUAGUCAUGGUCAUUUGUCCAAAAAUACUAUAUUUUUUCUAUAAAAAGAAAAAAUAGAAAAAAAAAUAAGGUGAUGGAAAAUUUUAAAAGGCCAUUGACUUUCCACAUUAUAUAAAUUACUGUAAGAUUCCUAGCUUUUCCUGCUGAGGCAGAUCCAGUAUGCAAUGGGGAUUAUACCAACCAUUUUGGGACUAUAUUUACAUGCUACUAAAAUUUUAUAAUAGUUGAAACAAUUUUAAUGUGCAUAAAAAUUCUAUAGUAAUUAAAUAUAGUCUCCCUGUGUUAGAUUGCUCUUUCUUAGCACGCUCUAAGCCUCAGUUUUUGAAAAUAGUUUCAGUUCUGGUAGUGUUAGUGAAGAAGUAAUAGUUUAGCUAAGUGCUGCAAGGCCAGGCCUUCUGGGUACCUUUGCGCGUCACAGAAUUUCAAGGCCAGGACUGCCUUCCCGGGUCAUCCAGCAUGUCAUGAAUUGCUUGGUCAAAUGGGCAGCAGGAAAAAAUUGGGAUAGGUUGACAAAAUGCAUUUUCACUGUGUGGUAUUCUUUACUGACAAAUCAUGGCACUUUUUGCCAAAAAAAAAAAAAAAAAACUUAGAAGAUACUACUUUUAAAUAUGAACUUAAAAAUUGCAAUUUGGGGAUGGGAGGACACCAAAAAAAGCAGUGACUUGGCAAAGUUUCAAACUCUUGGUUUGGCUAGUUGUCUUCAACAGCUAAAGUUAAAUGGCUAAAGUAGCAUUUCAUAAAUGCUUUUCAAGUCUGAUCCACAUUUACAAACAUCUGAUUUAUUAAACAUAAUAAAAAUUCUUUCAGUACAUUUAAAAUGUUACUCUUAAUUUGAAAUAUUUGAAAUGAGAUGGUAUAGUGAGGUAAAAAUAUCACUGGGCUAGGAGGAAGGUAACAUAUUCUAGGUAUGUGUCUUAAAUUUCAAAUCAUUUACUAUCCACUUUGUGUUAAAAGAAAUCAUCUCAAAGGCCCUAUCUAACUUUACAACUAUGUAGUUUACAUUCAGUUUACAUAAAGAUGCACCUGUUUGUCAAACUCAGUGUAAUCUGCUGUACCUUUUAUCUGUGUCUUCUUUAGGGUCAAUCUUGGGCAAAAUUGUGCAAGAGGUGAAGUUUAUCUUUGAAUAUUCAUACUCCGCUUUUAGUACUUCUCUCCUAUACUAAUGUCAUCUUCUUGCUACCUUUCCACAUGCCCCAUUUCUUUUAAUAUUUUGAUUCUCAUGGCUUCAUAAUAUAUUGCUGCUGUGGAGUCUCCAUGCAGGCUGUCUAUCAGGGUGUAUCAAAAUUGCCCCAUCUGCCUCCUCCCGGCAGUACCACACGGGACUGGACCUAGCAGCUGACACUGAGGUGGCUGGGACACCUUUUCAGGCCUUUGCACAUCGUCUGCUCACUGCCUAGACCACUGGUAACUAGGUAGGACUCUUCAAACUUAGUAUGAAUUGACAAGCUGCUGCUCUAAAGGAGAGUGUAGUCCUGGGAACAAUGAUGCAUUCCAUUGUUUUACUAACUGAAUUCAUCUUACAAUAAAUAAUACUUUAAAGUUUAAUUCAUGAGGCUUCUCAGCAAAAAUCACUUCUGCAGUAAAUAUUUGUUCAGUGCCUGUCGUAUACUAGCCACUAGACAAGGCACUGGGGACCUGACAGCCUCCGCAAAGGCCCAGUCUUCGUCCUAAAGCAGUGUUGCGUUCCUUGUCUCGUCUUGGUAGCACCCUCGGCACAUGACCCAGAGGUGCCACGGUACAGUACACACUGCACUUUUGCAAAAGGAGGUUUGGCCAGUUCUACAGUAAUUGUGUUUGCUGUGAUUCUGGUGCAACUUUUUAAUUGAACCUCGCUGUAUAAACCAUUUUACUUCAUUGUUUUCAAAGAGUAAACUUUUCCAAAGGUGUAAUAUUCACAUUUUUCUCUGUAUAAGUAAUUAAGACAGACUUUUUAAAAUUAAAUAUUAUAGUUUUAUUCAGGUAACAAACAGGUGACUGAGCUGAUUCUCUGUACAAAGAAGGAAACCUCUGUAAAAAUCAAGUAUGAUUUGUAUAAUGCUUUACUAAACUACAGAUUUAUGUAUGGAGCAUUGUCUGGAUAGAGUUACUGAGACUUACACAGUACCUCCUCUAGUGUGUACAUGGUGAAAGAAAUGGGCAGAUUUCAGGAAGUGCACUGCAUAAUGGCAUACUUAGGACUCUGGAGUCUUACGUAGCGGGGCAAAUUUUUUUAAAGUAGCAGCAAUUAUCCUUUAUUAUGUGAAUUCUGAAUGGUUUAACAAAAGGGUGGUUUUGUAGAGAUUUUAAAAGGGGAGCGAAUCCUAGAAAUAAACAUAAAUGUUAUCUAAUUACUAUAGCCUUAAAGAUUAAAAUCCUUGUUCAAGUUGAAACCAGUGCUAAAUUACAUAGUGUUAGGCAUUAAUAUGUUUGUGGAAAGAAUCUAGCAGCCAUUUUAGCAUAAUUUGAAUAUUUUCAAUUAGGAAUUUUAGGCUCUAUUAACUGAGUCACACUGCAUAAGAAUUUAGAACCUAACUUUUGUAGGUUAUCCUUCUGCCAGCAUUGCACAAUUUUGUCCACACACGCACCCAUACACACACAUAUACACUUUGUGAGGCAUGUUAAGUUAGUUUGCACAAACUCAUCUCAUUUGUAUUCUAGUGAUUUUCCUUUCUUUAACCAUUUUCCCUAAACAAUAUUAUACACAUUUAGGGAUGUUUUGGGGAUAGACAAUAAAAAAUUAUAUGAAAUCAUUUCCAUUUGUCGGAAGGUAGUAAUUUAAAAACCCACCAGUUACUUUAAAAAUGAAUUUAUAUUUAGUAAUUUCUGUGUUAAUAUUGGGUAGCAUGAAUUCUGCAUUGAGAAACUGAAUAGCAUACAACUGGUAGUUGUAAAAUCCUGUCCAAAUUGAAAUUUCUAAAGAUACAUUUUAGCUCUGGAAGAACAGUUAGAACUAGAUUGAUUGUGUUUUAGUUUAAUAAUCCGAAGUGCCUAUUUGGGAUAGUGAUAGGCAUUUUAGAUGAAUUUAGGAAAACAAAGUUUAUUUGCAAAAUAUCUCCAUUUCACAGGGUCCAUAUCCCCCCCAAUAGAGCUAACUGGGUUAUGUAAUGUUUUAUCAGAAAGUUUCCAAUUCCACUGUCUUGUGUUUUCAUGUUGAAAAUACUUUCGCAUUUUUCCUUUGAGUGCCAAUUUCUUACUAGUACUAUUUCUUAAUGUAACAUGUUUACCUGGAAUGUAUUUUAACUAUUUUUGUAUAGUGUAAACUGAAACAUGCACAUUUUGUACAUUGUGCUUUUUUUGUGGGACAUAUGCAGUGUGAUCCAGUUGUUUUUCCAUCAUUUGGUUGCGCUGACCUAGGAAUGUUGGUCAUGUCAAACAUUAAAUUUAAAAAUGACCACUCUUUUAAUUAAAAUUAACUUUUAAAUGUUUAUAGGAGUAUGUGCUGUGAAGUGAUACGAAAUUUGUAAUAUUUUUGUCAUGAACUGUACCACUCCUAUCGUAAUGUAAUAAAAAAUAGUUAUGGUGACUAUGA